AUGCUAUCAAUCAUGCUGCAGAUGCUUGGGGUAUUCGCUGCAUGAGAUAUGAAAUUAAAGACAUACAAUUACCUACUAAAGUCAGAGAUGCUAUGCAGAUGCAGGUUGAAGCUGAGAGAAAGAAAAGGGCUAAUAUUUUAGAGUCUGAAGGUGUACGUGAGUCUGCUAUCAACAGGGCUGAAGGUAUCAGACAAAGUAAAAUAUUAGCCUCUGAAGCAAUGAGGAUUGAACAAGUCAAUAUAGCUAAAGGAGAGUCAUCUGCCAUAUUAGCUAAAGCUCUGGCCAGGACUGAAGCAAUUAAUCUAUUGGGCCAAGCAUUAGGACAGAAACAUGGUAAUAAAGCAGCUUCACUCUCUGUAGCUGAGCAGUAUGUGCAAGCAUUUGGUAAUUUAGCCAAGGCUUCAAAUACAGUACUACUCCCUGAGAAAACUGGAGACAUAAGCUCAAUGGUUGGACAGGCAAUGGCAAUUUAUGGUCAAAUGACCAAAACAGAUCCUGCCCCUUCUAGUGAUGAUCCUUCACCACCUCCUAAUGACAAACUCUCAGAUUUUGAGAACAUGCUUGAUAAACUGAAUAAAAGUAUUGAUGACACCCUGACACAGAGGUUUGAGUCAAGCACUGGAGGAGAGACUGUAGCUCAGUAUGAAGAGAAGAAGAAACAGGAGGACACUGAGGAACCACACUUCACUCUAGCAACUUCUGGAACCAGGAACAAUCCAAGAAAGACUGAUGAUUACUAA